UUUUGAACUUUGUGACCAUCAUUAUCAAGUAGCAUUAAGUUUUGAAUCGAUCGACGGUAAAUUGAUCAUUCUUGACUUGAUCAUAGAAAAAAGUAUCGUCUUUUUCUCAUUUUAUUACGUUCAAACAUAGUAUGCCAGGAACAGUGCCAAAAGCAACAGAUCCAAUCCUUGUUACUUCAAUUGCAAACGCACCUGCUCCACUUUCUGCACAAUCACCAAUCGCUUCUUCUGCUUCUCAACCACAACCACAAGAAUCAAAUAGUAAAGCAGCUUUAAGCUCUGAUCUUUCAAAACAUUCAUUACUCGUAACUUCCGUUCCUGCCGGUCAUCCUACUGCCGGCGUCGCAUCUCCUGGAGCUGCUCAAUUAACCGCAUCUGGAGCACAAACUUCAAGUUUAGCACCCAGUAACAGUCCUGCAAAAGCAAUGGCUCAACCAAAAACAAAUCCCGCAAACGUGAGCGGUGCAUCUAAAAAGUCCAAAGGCAAAUCAUCUUCUGGCGGCGGCAAGACUGCAAAUGAUGGACAAGAAGGAAAUCAUGCCGAAUUGAUCAAAUUUAUCGAAACAAAUGGUCAUUUUAGCUUGGUAAGAAAUUUCCAUUUGGCUGAUGCUUUCACGCUGAUGAACGGCUUUUGUGGCGCUCAAUCUUUGUUUGCUUCUGGUCGUUAUUUGACAUCAUCUGAUCCUCGUCAUGCGUGGUCGGCUUUGUGGUUCCCUCUAUUUGGAGCAAUUUUUGAUCUAUUAGACGGAAAAGUGGCUAGAUGGCGCAACAGUAGCAGUAUGUUAGGACAAGAAUUAGACAGUUUGGCUGAUUCGUUAUCUUUUGGUGCUGCACCCGCAUUUGCUGCAUUCGCUCUUGGAUUGCGCUUACCGCUGGAUACUCUGUUGUUGACUUUGUUUGUCUGUGCCGGAAUUGCAAGAUUAGCCAGAUUCAACGUCACAACGGCUUCCGUUCCACACGAUGCAAAAGGAAAAGCACAAUAUUUCGAAGGAUUACCCAUUCCUUCUUCCUUGGUUUUGGUCGGUGGAAUGGCAAUCUGCUUACUUGCCGGUCGUGUUGAACCAGGAGGUUUGCCGAUCGUGUUAGCCAAAGAGCGUGGUGCAUUGGCAGGGAAAGGCUUGACUUUCACCGCCAGUUUGAGAGAAGUGAUUCCCGGUGCGAAUUUGGGACGAGGUGUUCCGUUGGGAACAUUGGGAGUUGAUGGUACACAAUACGUUACAAAUUAUUUGAACGGCUUUAGCUUCCUACGACAACACAAGGAUGUUGUUGAUACGAUUGCAUCUUUUGCAAAUUUGGAAGUUCAUACGUUGAGCUUAUUGUUUGGUGUUUGGGCUAUUUUGAUGAUCAGUAAAACGCUACGUGUUCCCAAGCCAUAAAGCACUACACACUCAAAACAAUCAAUACCUUCUUAAAAAUCCUAAUCUUUUCCUUAAAAAGCAAACCAACAACGGAACUGCUUUAUACACUCCAAUGUAGAAAUGAAUGUACCUCUCUGAUAUCCAAGCCAUUCUGAGCAAUUGAUGAUCUUUUCUCUA